UAAUUAAUUUUAUUUAUUUUCAAUAAUUUAAUAAUUUCACUACUGAAACUCUUAUCUUCUUUGAUUCUCUCUUUUUGGAUUGCUUCCUUUUCCAAUGUCGCUUAGAUUCUCCAGUGAAACAACAGAGCCCAAUCUGAAAAUUAUAUCUUAGUGCAGAUUCGUUUCUAGUUUUGUCAUGGAUUUAUUCAAGAAACCUACAUUCGUCGACGUUUUGCUAUGUGCAGUUCCGAUUUGGGUUGCCGUUAUGAUUGGGGUUUUGAUUGGUUGGUCUUGGCGUCCUAGGUGGACUGGAUUGGUUUAUUUAGGGUUUCGUUCUAAGCUUCGGUUUCUAUGUACUGCUCCUCCUCCUGGAUUUGGUGCUCGUCGUCUUUGGCUUGCUUUCACCGCUCUCUCUGUUUUUUCCAUUUUCCGUACUCUUUGGUUAAGUCUCGGUUCGAGUUCCAAGAACUCGACGGUUAUUAGUGGUUCAGCUCCGUCUUCUAAACCGGUUGAUGAAGAAGAAGAAGCAUUUUCACGAGGGAGUGAUAAAGGUACAGAGAAAGAGGAAGGUGUUGUUGUGACAGAGAAGGAUCUAGAGCAUUUGUUGCAACUGCUUGAAGCUCGAAAUGCUAAUUUUGAGUGGCAAUCUAUGAUGGAUAAGUCUACUCCUAAUAUGAGUUACCAAGCUUGGCGUCAUGAUCCUGCGGCAGGUCCUGUUGUUUAUCGUAGUCGAACUGUGUUUGAGGAUGCAACGCCAGAUAUUGUUAGGGAUUUCUUCUGGGAUGAUGAGUUUCGACCUAAAUGGGAUCCUAUGCUUGCUUACUUCAAAACUUUGGAGGAAGAUCCUAAGACAGGAACUACCAUUGCUCGUUGGAUUAAAAAGUUCCCAUUUUUCUGUAGUGACCGGGAAUACAUCAUUGGCAGGAGGAUAUGGGAAUCUGGGAAAAAAUAUUAUGCUGUGACAAAGGGAGUACCGUAUUCAGCUCUACCAAAGCGUGAUAAGCCGAGGCGAGUCGAGCUUUAUUUCUCAAGUUGGAUUAUCAAAGCAGUUGAAUCCAGAAAAGGGGAUGGACAAUUAUCAGCUUGUGAAGUUUCUCUUGUCCACUAUGAAGACAUGGGAAUCCCAAAAGAUGUAGCAAAGUUAGGAGUCCGUCAUGGCAUGUGGGGAGCCGUAAAGAAGCUAAACUCCGGCUUAAGGGCUUACCAAACUGCUCGAAAACCAGGGACGUCUCUCUCACGGAGUGCGCAGAUGGCCAGUGUCACCACAAAACUGAACAUAGUUUUGGUGGAAACAUCUGGAGCAGAGGAAGAAGAGAGAGGACGAGCCGUGGAGAAUGCAAGGAAACAAAAGGAUCAGUUCGGUGUAGAUUGGAAAUGGAUCGUUGUAGGAGGAGUGGCUUUGGCUUGUGGGCUUCAUUCUAGUGCUAUAGGCAAGGCAUUAAUGAUUGGAGCUGGACAGAGACUAGCUCGUAGGUGAGAUCUUUUGCCUGAGGGAGUCAUAAUCUUAUAUGUUUCUGGAGAAUUCUUAGACCAAUUCUUAGAAACGCAAUAUGGAUUGUGUUGUCUUGUAACUUCAUUGAGAAGAGCAUAGUGGUCGUAGAGGUGAACCAUGCAGAGUAGUUUUGAAUUAAGUGCUAAAAUUUGGUCCAAUGUGUCUUGUAAUACAGUUGAAGACUCUGAAGCUUAUUGGACUGUUUUAGGUAAAAGACAAAAUCUUGCUUUCAAUUUUA